GCCAACAAUGUGCAACGAACCACAGUCUCAGUCGAAUGGCCAUGGAAUCGGCAGCAUGGACUACAAGAAGGUUCGCUUAAAAGGACUGCGACAUCGAAGUUCCCCUAGACAUAUAAGCUCCCUCCACCUACAAGUCAUAAUACUCACCGCACUAAUCAGCUUGGUUGCCUCAAAUCGCCCGCCGCGCUUCGCUAUCGACGGGCAGUCAGAGAUUGUAUUGCGUCUUAAGGAGAGUCCUGAAACGAAAGUGGGAACCCUGAUAUACACGCUAAAGGGCUACGAUCCGGACAACGAUCCGCUGACCUUUGGCAAGCGCAACUCGCAUGAUAGCGAGAUAAUCCGGAUUGAAAACACCAGUGGCAACGAGGCCAAGAUCUUCCUGGCCAAGGAACUGGAUCGCGAGCUGCAGGACGAGUAUGCCAUAGUGCUAACACUGACCGACAGUCACUACAGCGAUCACAACUAUGUGACGCAGAGCUUUUUGCUCCUGGUUGAGGACAUUAACGACAAUGUUCCCACCUUUCUGCCCUAUCAAAAUGCCAUCGAAAUACCAGAGGGCAGUGCCCCUGGCGUGGUGACCACGCUGGAGGCCACGGAUGCGGAUGAGGGUGCCUAUGGCCAAGUGGUUUAUUACCUGCAGGAGCUGGACGGAGAUAAUGAGGUAUUCUCGAUAGCCACCCAUCAGGGCAAAGGCAUCUUGAGGUUGCAAAAGGAGUUGGACUACGAACGAAAGAGUCUGUAUCAGCUGAGGGUUCUGGCCAUCGAUCGUGCCAAUCAGGGACCUGUAAACACUGGCACUGCCGCCAUUCUGGUGAAGGUAAAGGAUCUGGAGGAUCAGCCCCCGGAAUUCGUGGAGGUGCAAGCAGUGGCGCGAAUCGCCGAAGAUGCUCCUGUAGGCACAAAAGUUCUACGAGUGCGGGCCAUAGAUGGAGAUCGGGGGAUCAAUAAUCCCAUUGCCUAUGCCCUGGAGGCCAAUGAUCUCUUCGACAUUGAUCCGCACACGGGAAUAGUUCACACGCUAACCGAAUUGGAUCGCGAGGAGCAGAGCGAUCAGGUCAAUGGAGCCCACAUCCUGCGGAUCACGGCCACCGAGUUGUCCAAAUCCAAUACCCAAAUGGCACCCACAACAGUUCGCACAGAGGUUACGAUUAUAGUUAGUGAUGUCAACGAUGAGAUACCCACUUUUGGGGAAACCGUUUACCGAUGUGAGGUAAAUGAGAAUGCCCAGACCAACACCCCGCUUAAUUUCAUCGACGAGGAGGUACAAAAUGUGGUUUUCGAUCACGAUGAGGGCAACAAUGGCACAUUUCGCUUGUUCCUGGAUCCGCCCAACGAUCUGUUCGAGAUCGUACCCGAGUUGGCUGUUAAUGAGGCCAACUUUAUGCUGCGGGUGAAGAACUCAAAGUCGCUCGAUUUCGAACAGUUCACCGAGGUAAAUUUUACCAUAUUCGCCAGGGAGGUUGACGAGCCCAGUCGAUGGAGCUCCGCUCAUGUGCAGAUUUUCAUACGAGAUCAAAACGACAACUUCCCGGAGUUCAGUCAGACGAUCUACAAUGCCAGUGUGCUGGAGAACAGCGAGCAGGACACGAUUAUUACCCAUGUGCAGGCGGUGGAUGUGGAUUCGGGGGACUAUGGAACUAUGGGCAUACGCUACACCAACCUCAGAGGGGGCAUAGCUCACUUACUCAAUCUCAACCCAAUUACCGGAGUAAUAUCAAUUAAGCAGUCGGGUGGAACCGCCUUCGACCGGGAGAUCAUUUCCCGACACUACCUCACCGUAGAAGCCAUCGAUAGCGCGGGUCAAGGGAACAGGAAUACGGCACAGAUAAUCGUGGACAUCCUGGAUGUGAACGACAAUGCCCCCACAUUCCCCCAGCGACAAUACGAGACCAAGUUGCUGGAGAACCAGGCCGAGUUCGAGACCCCGUUGCAGUUGGAGGCGCGGGAUGCGGAUCUCAAUGGCACGGAGAACAGCCAGGUUACCUACGAAAUUGUCGAGGGAAUGUACCGCUCGAACUUCAGCAUAGAUCCUCAGAGCGGUUUGCUGCGUCCAGUGCAUCGUUUCGACUUCGAAGAGCUGGUCGAUCGGAGCAGUCGUAGCCGGAGUGAUCCUCAGGCGGGGGGAUCUUCGAGCAUUCGGGAGAUCGAUCUCCUGGUGCGAGCUCGCGAUUCCGGCAUUCCCAUGCUCUCCACCGUGGUUCCCGUUCUGAUUUACGUGCAGGACGUGAACGACAAUGCGCCGAUAUUCCAGCGAUCUUUCUACGCAAAAACCGUUCCCGAGGAUCUGCCAGGUGGAAGUUCGGUGCUCCAGGUGACGGCCGUAGAUGGUGAUGGAUCCUCGCCCAACAAUGUGGUUGUCUAUCGCAUUCAAACCGGUGCCAGCGACAAGUUCAUCAUCAACUCGGAAACGGGCGUUAUUUCGGUGGCCCAGGGAGCCAAUCUAGAUCCAGAUCUUACGGACAGUAAGAGAUCUUUGUAUACCCUUUCAGUGAUUGCUCUAGAUGGCGGCUUGGGCAACUCCCAGCUAAUGACCACUUGUACGGUGAACAUUAGCAUUCAGGAUGUGAACAAUAAACCACCUGUACUUGGGGAAAUGCCAGCUCUGAAGAUCGUGGAGAACACACCUGUGGGCACACUGGUGCAUCGUAUCCGGGCCACGGACUUGGACCAGCAGGCCAUCCUGCGGUACAAACUGAACCCCGAACACUGUGAAGGUCGCAGUGAGGAGGGGGCUCUGGUGAAAAGUAGCGAGUACGAUUUCCUAGGAGCCUUUGAGGUGGAUCCCAUCGAGGGAAGCCUCAAGGUGAUCAAACUGAUGGAUCGCGAAAGGGUGGAGCACAUUAAACUGGCCAUUACUGUGGAGGAUCUGGCUGCGGCCAAGGGUCGGCAGAUCGCAGAAGGUUUUCUAAGCAUUCAAGUGCUAGAUGAAAAUGACAAUAAUCCAAAGUUCCGACUGCCCUUUUACCGGCAAUCCAUAACCGAAAACAGCAUCAACGGAGCAAUGAUUGUAAAUGUUCUGGCUUCGGAUGUGGAUAAGAAUAGGACUAUAACCUAUGCCCUAGAGGGUAAUCCCACCUAUAGAUCCCUAAUGCACCUGGAUUCUCAAACAGGGGAGAUUGUGGUGGCCAGCAAGAUUGAUCAUGAGCAGCACCAGUGGCUGAAUUUCAGUGUGAGAGCCACGGACUCGGGAGUUCCAUCGAGAUCCUCUCUCGUGGAUGUUUAUAUAACAGUGCUGGAUGAGAACGAUAAUAAUCCCUACUUUGUGGGCGGCAGCAAGAACUAUACGAUCAGUGAGAAUGCACCGCCAGGCACAAGAGUUGCUACCCUUCAGGCUGGGGAUGCCGAUUCGGGGGAUUUCGGAAAGAUCACCUUCCUCAUGGAUCGCAUCAGUUCGCAGGGAAAGUUCACCAUAGAUGCGGAUACGGGGGUGCUAACGGUGGCCGAUCGCCUGGACAGGGAGUCCAAGGACUCCUACAACCUGGUAAUCGAGGCCUGGGACAAUUAUCAAUUCGGUUUCCUGGCCGGAGAAAGUCGCAAUGCCUUCAAGCAGGUCUUCAUUUCCCUAAUGGAUGAGAAUGACAAUCCUCCGGAGGUUAGUCUGCCUGGCAGUUGUGUUCUAAUCACCGAGUAUCACGAGUUGCAUGAACGAGUGGCGAGCAUAGUGGGCAAGGAUGCAGAUGAUCCAACCACCCCAAAUGGAAGACUCGACUUUGCCAUUACGCAGGGCAACACAGAUGGAAUGUUCGAGCUGCGUCAACUGGACGCCUGGAAUGCCCAAAUUUUCGCCAGCAAGAGUCUGCGCAAUAGGUUCGGAAACUAUAGCCUCACUAUUACCACUCGAGACCUGGGUCUUCCGGCGAAUAUAGUGCACAGCACGCUGGACAUUUGCGUAUCGGAUUUUAAUGAUCACGCCCCGGUCUUUGUAAGACCUCUGCAUAACACAACUGUACGGAUUCCGGAGAAUGCAACUAUUGGCACUCUGAUACUCCAGGCCUAUGCCAGUGAUGCAGAUAUGGGGCAGAAUGCACUGGUGCGAUAUCGCCUCAAACCCGAUCCCUUGGGUAGCUACAAAAUGUUUGAGGUUAACGGCAACACAGGAGAACUCUUCCUGCGAGAGCCACUCAAUCGGGAAAAGCAGAAGAUUCACGAGAUCCGCAUAGAAGCCUACGAUCAGGGUCUACCCACCUCCCUGAGUUCAGACCUCGACCUCACCAUCUAUGUGCGUAAUGUGAACGAUUACGAGCCGCAAUUUAUUGUUAACGAAAUAUCCGUGAACUUUACGGAGCACUCGGAUCCGGGUUCCGAAAGGAUAAAGCUGCCGGACACCAUAGACAAAGAUCAGCUGGAACUGGACGAUCCUAAUGAGACGCCCAACCAGGUUUGCUACUUUAUUGUGAAUGGAAAUGAGGCGGGUUAUUUUCGCCUCGAUCCGGAGUCUCAUAUCCUGACUGUUGAUCGCGAACUGGAUCGUGAGGUGGUGGCAAACUUUACGCUUUAUGUGCGAGCCACAGAAAACUGUGGAAAUGACUCCUUGACGGGUGUAGAAAAGCGCCGUCGUAUGGGUAUCGAGAUCAACAAUAGAUUGGGAGGCUUUCUGCAUAAUCAGCAAGGUGGCUACGAUCGCUUCAAGCAUUCUCGACAACUGAGAUCCACGGAGACUAACGAAUACGAAGGGGAAGAUGGUGAGUUGGCCUCCUAUGAGACCUAUGAUGGCAGUCAGGAGGAUCACUCGGCGGGACUCGACGCACCCACCCAUCGAGAAUCAGAUAGCACUGUGGUGAAGGUCAAGGUGCGAGUGCUGGAUAUCAAUGAUAAUCCGCCGCGUUUCCGUUCCAAAAUCUUUACUGGUGGCAUUACGACAAAUGCCGAUUUCGGUUUGAAAUUCAUGCGGGUUGAGGCCACGGAUGCAGAUGAGGGGGAGUACGGAAAGAUCGGUUACUACCAAGUUGGUGAAAUCCGUCAGACUCUCUCCGAAGGAUUGGAGAAUGUGCGCAAGGCCCCCUUUCUUCUCGACCCAGAAACGGGAGAGGUACAGCUGAACUUUGACCCGCAGAAGGGUAUGAAGGGGUAUUUCGAUUUUGUGGUGCUGGCCAAUGACACCUCGGGAAUGAGGGAUGUGGCCCAUGUGUUUAUCUACUUGUUAAGAGAGGACCAGAAGGUGCGCUUUGUCUUCCGACUCCAGCCGGAUGAACUGCGAUCACGGGUGGACUCUUUCAGGGACACCUUGGGCAACAUCACGGAAUCCAUUGUCAACAUAGAUGAGAUUAAGGUUCACGAAAACAAGGAUGGUUCGGUGGACAAGACAAAGACGGAUCUGUAUAUGCAUCUAGUCGAGCGCGAGGACAACUCCAUUUACGAGGUAUCCGAGGUGCUCAAGCUGAUUGAUUCGCACAUCGAAAGCCUGGACGGUCUCUUCAAGGAGCUUAAUGUGCUGGACACUCAGGCGGCGGAGGCUCAGCUCCUGACCGCAGGACCUGUCCGAGGUCCUUUGUUCGUGUGGCUGGUGUUCACCAACCUAUUUCUGGCCACUCUUUUGGUGGUCACCAUAGCGCUUUGUGCGUCCCAGAGGAAUGGCUACCGUCGGCAGCUGAGAGCCGCAAAAGUCAAUAUUUUCCGGGGUCACUCUUCGAUGUCCCUGCAACACACUCAGGAGCCAGCCACUCGAGUGCCGAAUACAAACAAGCACAGUGUCCAAGGCUCAAAUCCCAUUUGGCUAAAGGGCUACGACAACGAGUGGUUCAAAUCAGAGGAAACCGGCAGCAUUGGUGGCCACGACUCUCUGGAUGAUAACUUUCUGGCGGUAGCUACGCAGGAUAUGCAGGAAACCCUAAAAGGAACCGCCAAGCUGUUCAACAACAGCAACGAUCUAAAUCGACACUUUAAUUUGUACAACCAAAUCGACAAGUUGACAAACAAUGCUCAGAUCCUGGCCCGAAAACUGGAGACCACGGAAUUAUAGCACAAACAGUCCGCACUAUUUAUUGUACUUAGACUAGGCUUAGGUUAAGAUAAGCUUGUAGAACCCAUGUAAAUAUAUCGAAG